AUGGCCUCACAGUCCAGAGUUCUUCCCCUGCCCACAUAUCGCGACCCGAACUACGAUUCGGACACUUCAUUCGAAAACUACUACCUUAAUUACGCAGAAGAACAACAACAAAACAACCGGCAAACCGAAGGACCGGAAAAGAACGAAAUAAUCGACGACACCGCCACCAGUACUCCCUCCGGCAAGAAACGGCGGUCCGCCGCCACACCGGAUAAUUCCCUGAGCCCGCAAAGCACCGUAACGGAAACCACACAAUUACAAAACGGGGGCCCGGUUUUGUUCGCGAGGCGAGUUCUGCGGGCAUCGGACCUCAACAAGAAGCAACACCGGCUUUCCUUGCCGUGCAAGCAAGUGAUGACGUCGAGCCUCCACAAGGUUUUCACGGAAACCGAGAUUGAGAGUCUCAAGAGAGGAAAAGCGGUCGGGACAAAGCUGGUUGACCCAGCGGGUGACUCACAUGAUGGGAAUGUGAGGCUGACUCAGUCGGGCCCCACCUCGUAUUGUUAUGCGGUCGGGAAGCCGUGGGUGAGAAUUGUGGAGAAGAACGGUUUUGGGGAAGGGAUGGUUCUCCAAGUGCGGGCCGACCGGGAGGAAGAGACGGGGAAGCUCCGGUUCAUUCUUGAAAGAGGGGAAUAG